UUCCCAAACUUCUUACACCACCCAGAAUGAAGCUGCAAUCUAUGAAAAAAGCCUGCCAUCUUAUGAAGAGGUCCAAAUGAAAGUGGCAGGUGCUGCAGAGUGCUUGGGAAUUCAGACUGCUUCAAACCUACCGGUCAGGCCAGGAGGGGGUACCCAGCUUGUUGUACGGGCCAAAGCAGAAGUCCACCGGGAUUCAGACAGCAAUGGAGGUAUUCACAGGGACCCAGAAUCCCAGAAGAAUCCCACAAGGUUGUAUCACCAAUCUGAGGUGCUGCACAGGCAGGCACCAUUAGCCUCUUUCCAAGAGGACAUGGACACAUCUUCAGUGGAAUCAACUUCUAAUAGUCCAUUUCUACAAAGGUGCAAAGAUACCCCAAACCUCUGCACUCCACCAGAAAGCCAGCUGAGAUUCAAACUUCCUUCCUAUGAAGAUUUUGCUUUGAUUGAUUCCCUCAUGGGGGACAGUCAGGGUCUGAGCACUGAAAAGACAGUGGAACCAAACAAAAAAUAUCAACCUGUUCCUGCCAUAGCGAGAGAUGGGGCAUUGCCUAUAGAUUUGGGGGCUGGGCUACUGGAAUCCAGUUUUGUACCCAAAGUGGAAGAGGGUGAUUUGUACUAUGGAAUAUAUGAGGGAUCAGAAAAUAUCCUCAUAUCUGUUGAUGCUAGUCUUGAGUGGGGAAAAGACCAAGAAAAUGUGGAGAACAGAUUCCAGAGCUGCCAGCAUUAA